GAAGGCUUCCUCUCAUCUGAGCGUAGUCUCAACCAUAACAGCUGAACUCUCCACCGAAGGGCUGGUGCUCGCAGUUCGACAGAAGCGCUUUUUGAUAUCCAAAACCGUGGGCCUGCUCCUGAUUCCAUGGAAAACUGUCAUCCGCUCGGAAACGCAAUCACUCAGCGGCUGGUUUCCAUUGCUGGAGACAAAGAAGGACCGAGAAGUGUCGGUGCUGGUUUACAUCUCCGUUACUCCUCCAGUCACUGCGCCUUAUCUCUUCAGAAGCGUGAGAGUGAGAGACACGGGAGACGACUGUGCCACUCACAGCCUCCACAGUCACAGAGAAGGCAUGUGGAUAACAAGGAAUGUUUUCGACCACACCGUUGCAGAUACAAGGGUGGGGGGCUUUUGCUAAGGAGCAUUCUCGACACCGAUAAAGUUAUCCAUGUUCACAAAGGAGGGUGGACAUACGACGGUUCUUACAACACUGGCUCCGUAAAUGGUGAAAUUCUAGGAUCUGCGUGGCAACUAGAGAAACCAUCUUCAGUGUCUAGGAGAUGGUCUCUAAUGAACGGGAAGGCUACUUUAACUGUUAGCAGAGAUGUCAAGGAUAAGCACUGGAACAUGAAACCACAGCUCCGCGUUGAAAUGAAAUCCCACGACUGUCCGAUCAUGCUCUUCUCGGGGCGUCACCUGGAAUUUGCUGUUCCUGGUGCAUCCGAGCGACAGGAAGCGUGGUUUGUGACAAUGGUAAGAUUCACAAGAGACGCUCCUCAAGGCAAGGCGACAGCUCUUUUCAACUGGCGAUCUGGUGGCAUGCAGAUUGAUCGCAAUGAGGAUGUGCUGCUUGUGCUUCUUUUAUCGGCAACCAUAAGCAUGUCCGUGUCGGAUAUGCUCGGCAAAGCCAUUCCUUCGUGGACGAAGACGAGUAAACGAGUGAUCGUCUCAGAAGAAGAAGAAGAUCAUUGGGGUGCUGUGACAGUUGAUCGCCGCAAGGACGGAGGCGGAGGCGGAGAGGACGGGGACGGUGGCGGUGAUGAUUGUUUUUGCGGUGAUGAUUGUUUUUGCGGUGAUGGCCAGUGCUGGUAUGACGGAGGUGGUGGAGGUGGUGGUGGCGGAGGCGGGUGUGGCAUCAGCGGAGGUGGGGGAUGUGGUGGAGCAGGAGGUGGCGGAGGGGGAGGAGGAGGAAUUCCUUCAGAAGCGUCAAUGUCGUUGCAACAGAGUGUGGUACCCUUGUUACAUACUUCUGUUUCUGCGGAUGCAGUGUGCGUAAGGCAUGCUGCCAGGACAAAGAACGCAAGAACAAGCUGA